AUGGAUUCCACGGAUCACAAAGAAGAUACUUUCAAAACGGCGCACAGAUCUUGCAUCCAUCUGGCAAAGAUGCUUCUUGGAAAAGUUCUGUGCAGAAGAAUGUCGGAUAGAAUACUGAAGGGCAUCAUCGUGGAGACAGAGGCAUAUUUAGGCCCGGAGGAUGAAGCAGCUCACUCCUUUGGAGGAAGACGAACUCCCCGCAACGAGGCAAUGUACUUGGGAAUGGGUACUUGCUAUGUCUACAUCAUAUACGGCAUACACCACUGCUUCAACAUAUCCUCGAGAGAAGAAGGAUCCGCCGUUCUUAUCAGAGCCCUCCAGCCGCUUGAGGGAAUAGACAUGAUGAUCAAGCAUAGAGAGGCUGCUGGAAUGAAGGAGCAUAAGAAGAACAUAGAGAACAUAUCUAAUGGCCCCUCCAAGCUGUGCAUUGCAAUGGCCAUAACCAGGUCUGAGAUAAAUGGCGAGAACGUGGUAACUAGUGACAAAAUAUGGCUCGAGAAGGGAAGAUCAGUGGGAGAAAAUGAAGUAAUAGCCACCAAAAGAGUCGGGAUUAAAAAUGCAGGGGCAUGGGGCGAGAUGCAUCUUAGAUUCUAUAUAGAGAAUAGCCCAUUUGUAAGCUGCAGGAGGUCGCAGAACAGAAACUUUUAG